AUGGACUCAGACUUUCUCACACCGUUUGUGGAGCUGGAGGAGGACUUCUGCUCGACUUGGGGCCCAGACUCCCGUGAGGCCCCUCAGCUCAAACCUGCAGGGCUCCAGCGGCGACACUCACACUGUCCCAUCACUUUACCAAAGUCCAGGAUGAACAGCAGCGAAGCCCCAGGCCCCUGGGGGCCCACACUGGUAGAGCAGAGGUGGAGUCGUGAGCUGGCCUGCUCGGCCCUCAGCCACAUCCCCUUCAGAAUGGAUCGCUCAGUCAGUAUGAUCGAGGGCCCCACACUGCCUCCACCUCCAGGCCUUACCCCCAGCGCUCUGGCCCCUAGGAUCCUGGCCCUAAACAGCUUGACCCCCUGUGACUUAUCCCCUGAGCUUCUGGCCCCUGAGCUGGUGGCCCCUGAGCUGCUGGUCAGGCUGCCUUCAUCCCCUCUGCUGUCCCCUCGCUACAAGACCGAGCUGUGCCGCACCUUCCAGGAGAGCGGGGCCUGUAAGUACGGGGCCAAGUGUCAGUUUGCCCACGGCCCCCAGGAGCUGCGAGGCCUCAGCCGACACCCCAAGUACAAGACGGAGCCCUGCCGCACCUUCCACACCAUUGGCUUCUGUCCCUACGGGGCCCGCUGCCACUUCAUCCACAACGCAGACGAGCUGUGCUCCGGGGCCCGCAGACCAGGGGCCUCUGCACUACGCCACAGCAUCAGCUUCUCCGGAGUGUCCUCGGGGGCCGCUCCUGUGCUCAGCCGAGCCUGCUCCAUGUCCCCUCCGCCCCUGUCGGCCGAGGGCUCUCCGGACUCUCUAUACACGUCCCCUCUGCUGCCGGAACCCGGGGCCCUCAAACACUUCUCUUACCCCCUGUCCUCCCUGCUGGACACAGGGGAUGACCUGGCCCUGCACUUCUCUGCUGUGUCAGAGCAGGAGCCCGGGGCCCUGUGGCGCUGCUCCUCUCAGGACUCAGUGAGUGAGUGUGUGAGUGAGGAGGGAUACGUGUCCUCCGGCUCCCGUUCCCAGUCCCCCUGUGACCCCCCACGCCUGCCCAUCUUCAGCCAGAUGUCCACCAGCGAGCACAACACCGACUCCGACUAG